AUGGCACAGGUUAAGACGAAGAAUCAUCCUCGAUUCCAUCCAGAUGAUGAUUCAAGCGAACCACCACCUAUCUUUGGCAAUUUCUUUGAAGGCUGGUCAGGCUUUUUCUCAAACAACAACAAUCAAGACAAGCAAGUAGCAUCUCCUCAAGCUAUCAGCAACCAGCAACAGCAGCAAGACUAUGAGAGUGAUCGCUGUUCCACGCUAAGCAGCCAGACAGCAAGUACAAGCACGCGUGCCUCGCUCAUUCUUCGUGACGAAUCUAUGUCACCAAGACGAAAGAAUAGCGUGCAACUAGGGCGACAAGUGAUGAGCGAAUUAUUAGACAACGACAAUGUUUCCAAUGCCAUUCAGAUACUACAGCAAGCACUUGAUCAUCUACAAAUGACUCGUACAGAAGGAGAGGAUAAAGGGGAUGUUUCCAAGAUAUACUCGCAGAUCAUUAAAUCACUCUGCGAUCCCAAUAUUGCUUGCAUUGUAGAUGAAAUGUCGAAAAAGGAUAGCAAAGUGCCCGAUAUCCAGGAAUCUGUCUUGUGGCGAUUAUUCACCAAAGUGGUCGAGUCAGGCUACGUUCUUGAGGCAAGUGGCAUGUAUGUAUUGUAG